AUGGUGGGGCUGGUGGCUGACGACGGUGGCAAUAGCAACGACAAGCCGUGUAGGAGAAUCCAUUUAUGGUUUCGCAUGAGAGCACUACACGUGAGGGCUUUCAUGACCCAAACACAGAACCCUCCACAACCCCUCCCUCGUUCACCUCUUCUCUACCUCCUCGACCCUCCUGAGCCCACCUCUGCCGAGCAAUCCCCGCCAUCCGCCUCAUCCGACCCCUCCGAAUCUCAAUCAUCCUUAUCCUCCUAUUUCUCUGAUGUCAAACAACAACAACAGCAACAACAUAGACCCGCUUCCCCAUUUUCACAAAGGAAUCCCACAAUCCCAGCACUCUCCGAGUUCCGCCCCCGAUCCUCUGUGCCACCUCUCUCCAGACCCAACUCCGCACAUUUGACGACACCGUCCUCCGAAUCUUCAUCCCAGCUCAUCUCGUUUCAAGAGCUUUACAAACGGAAUGUGACCGAGAAGGCCGACGAGAACGGUACCAACACAGCUUCGGCCCCCGGAAAAUUUGGCGGCACUGGCGGAAAGCACUGGUUCGAAGCAAUUCGAGAGGAUGUACGGCGGCGACGUUCGUUGGCCGGGAUGGCACAGAAUGAGUGGAGUGGGGCUGAGCUGAUGUUUUUGGAAUCUAAGAAUAAGUUGAAAUUGAAGCCGUCUACUGAUCCGGUUCCGGUGAUUGGCGGGACUGGUACGCUGCCGGUUUCAGUGUUUGGGAAGGAAAGGGAGCGGAAGGAUACGGAGGGGAGAAAAUGGCAAUGA